CCCUAAAUAUAACACAAGUCACGUUUCAGUAAUUUGGUUUGCGUGUUACAGAAUAAUUUAAAAGGUUGUGUGAUGCAACUGGUUUCUUUAAGUAUUUAACACCUGGGAUUGGCUUCAAGUGAACUAAAUAUAUUAUCAAGCCCAGACCAUCAUGGCAGCAGCUCAAGAAUAUCCCCCUUUCCAGCUGAAUAAACCGCGUUUCGAUCAGAGCACAUUCAAUGGAAGACUUCGGCAUUUCUUAGAUAUUAUAGACCCAAGAACUCUCUUCACAUCUUCAACAGAGCUGAGUAAUGCAGUGAAACUACUGGAGGACUAUAAAAAGGGCCAGGUCCCACCUGGUGUUACAGAUGAGCAGCUAUGGAAGGCACAGAAAAUAAAACAGGCUAUAAUACAUCCUGAUACUGGGGAGAAAGUGUUCAUGCCUUUUAGGAUGUCAGGCUUUGUGCCUUUUGGGUCCUUUAUUGUGGUGGGUCUUCUGCUGCCCAACCCCACCAUGCCAGCUAUUGUAUUUUGGCAGUGGCUCAAUCAGAGCCACAACGCUUGUGUGAACUACGCUAACAGGAAUGCUACAAAGCCAACUCCUAUAAAGAGAUUUGUCUUAGGGUACACAGGGGCUGUCACAACAGCUGUGGGCAUAGCAGUAGGCCUCAGUGUUUUAAUAAGGAGAGCUAACCGCUUUGGUCACACCACAAAAAUGUUAAUUCAGAGGUUUGUUCCCUUCCCCGCUGUAGCUACUGCCAGUACCUGCAAUGUUUUACUAAUGCGAAAUAGUGAGCUGUACGAGGGCAUUGAAGUUGUUGACAAAAGCAACAAAGUGGUUGGUACAUCAAAGGUCGCAGCCAAAAAGGCUUUGAAAGAAACUGCACUGACCAGGAUGUUUUUGCCUGCUCCUAUAUUCAUCAUCCCACCUAUAGUCAUGUCCAUUUUAGAGAAGAGGAAAUUUUUGAUACGUAACCCAAGACUCCAUCUGCCUAUUAAUGCUGUUGUUUGUACUCUUGCCUUUGGAUGUGCCUUACCAGUAGCUAUUGCCCUGUUCCCUCAGUACUCAGAGAUUCACAGAUCCAAGCUGGAGCCUGAGAUUCAAGAGCUCACACAGGAGGAGGUGCUAUACUACAACAAGGGUUUGUAGAGGAGGCUAUUUAUAGAUUGACACCUGUCACUCCUGUCAGUAUAGACUUAAAUGGGUGGCCCAUUUUCACCCUGGUCAGAUCAUAGGUUUAUAUGCGUGGCCUACUGUCCAUUUUAAAGGUUUAUUUGGGUGCCACUCUACCCAUUUUAAAGGUUUAUUUGGGUGCCACUCUACCCAUUUUAAAGGUUUAUGUCUUUCACCCUGGUCAUUUCUUAGGUGUACUUGGGUGGCACAGUGUCCAUUUUAAAGGCUCAUAUAUGUCACAGCUGUCAAUUCAUAUAGGUUUAUUUGACUGUUUCACUGUCCAUGUUUACAUCUCACCUGUGUUACUUUAUAGAUAUUUUUGUCACCUGUCAGUUUAUCGAUUUAUAUCCUUCUCUCCUGUCAGUAUAUAAUUUUAUACAUCACAGCUGUCAGUUUUUAAACUGACAUCUGUCACACCUGUCAGGUAUCUAGAUUUAUAUCCAUCUUACCUGUCAGUAUUUAAGUUUAUAUAUCCUAAGUUUAAGUUUAUAAAUUUAUAUCUGCAAAACUGACAGUAUACUGAGUAUAUUAGAUUAUAAAUGUCACAACUGUAACUUUAUUGAUUUAAAUCUGCACAGCAGUCAGUAUAUAAGUUUAUACAUCACAACUGUCAGUUUAUAAAUUUAUAUCUGCCACUCCCUAAGUUUUUAUGUCAAUAUGUGUCACACUUUUUUGAAUUUGAAAGAUUUAUAAUUAACGUGGGUUGUCGCACCUGUUAGAAAAAAAUCAAACCUUGGAGCAAGUAGUUUGACAACUAUUUCAACGCUCGUCCUUUGUGUAUUGUUAUUAUUUCAAAGCUGUGUGUUCAUUCUCUCCUUUGUUGAUCUUUGACUCAUGCUUCAGUGCUAAUCAAACUGGCAUCAGUGUUUGAUUGAUGGUAAUUCUACUUGCCUCUUGCCUGAGUGGUGAUCAGUAAACCUGAGGCUACAGGAUUCAAUGGGUUUUGCCCUUUCAUGGAGCUGCUGAAUUUGGUUGUCUUAGCCUUUCCCUGCUCGCAUUAUGGGGUCAUAGACUCUGGUUAGGCUUGUUGGAUUGCAGUUAAAUUUUCUUAGAUUUUUAUUUAGUUCAAGAGAACUAAGAUAAAGAGCUGAGGAAGAUGUUUGAUAUAACUGGCAAACUGAUCUAAGCUGCUUAUUUAUGUUCAUGCUUCUAAGCUCAUUGUAAUCCUUGAUUUGUGUCUAGUUAUGCUGAACUUGUUAUGCCUUUGAUUGUAAAAUUUAUAUAGAUGUAUUUUUAUUCUCUUUAUGUGAGUUGAAUUGUAUUCACAUUGAAUGGGUGUCUGUUUAGCGCUUAAACUUGAACACCUGUCAAAGGUAAAAAUAAGAAAAUAUUUUUUUUUUAAAAGUUGACUUCAUCUGAUCUGAUAAAACUAGUUUUACCUGUUUACAAAGUUGUGUAAAGUUUAUAUUUAAAUCUGCUCUUGUGUACAGGUGUCACAUUUUAUGUUUGCUUUUUUCUUUUGGUGAUGAUUAUAUGCAGGGUUUCUUUUGGACACUUUGCUCCAUCGGGGUA